GCCGUCCCCAGCAUGAGGCAGGCACUGCUGGCGCUGCUGUUGCCGUCGCUGCUGCUGCUGCUGGCGCUGCUGCCCCCCGACGGCGCUGCCCAUGGGGACUCGGGCCGGGAGCGGGAGCCGGGGCCAGGGCCAGGGCCAGGGCCUGGGCGGACGCGGCGCGAGGAGCCGCCGCUCUCCAUCGACCUGACCUUCCACCUGCUGCGGCACAUGUUGCGCCUGGCGCGGACGCAGAGCCAGCGCGCCCAGGCCGAGCAGAACCGCCUGGUCCUCGACGCCGUCGGCAAGUAGCGGCGCCGCCCGGCCUACAGGGCCCACGCACAGCGAGGGGACGUGCCCGCCGCCCGCAGCGUCCCGGGAGCGGGGCCCGCGCCCCUUGCCUCCCCCGCGCCGGGGCCGGGGCUGGGCUGGAGCCGCGGAGACGCCGCGAUUUUCUAAUAAAACGUGUUGGAAACCC